UCUCUGUCUCUCUCUCCUCUCUCUCUCUCUCUUCCCCACCCUCAUAUACACAGGAAGCACCCCCCCAAAAAACCUUCCACAUCAGUCGAUCAAACCGCCAUUCCAUUCCAUUCCAUACCCGUCCCACUCACUUUCAAUCCCAAUUCAAUUUUCCCAACUCCCAUUAAUUCCUUCGAUCUCAAUUACUAUUAUCAUCAUCCUCCUCAUCUCCUAUACCAACCGGCCUACAAGCCUCAGACAUACGCGCUGUGCACAUACGCUAUAUAUUUAUAAAUAUACUAUAAUUUAUAAAUAUAUAUUCUCGCUCGAUAGGUCAACAUUGAUCCUGCUCUCCCUUCUCAAUCACCUUCAUAAUUCGCUUCACACAAUUGAAAUUCCAAUCGAUCGAAUCGCUGGCCAGUGAUUAGGUUUGGUUGUUUGGGAAAAAAAAAAAAGAGGUUCUGCUUUGGUGUUUUUGUUGAAUUUAGUUGGGGUUUUUUUUUCCUUUCAAUUUCGCAGUCGCCGAUGAAAGAUUGGGGUUUCUGGAAGCUAGGGUUUGGUCCUGACCAAUAAGUGGCAAUUUUUCGUGAUAAUUGGUAAGCACUGGGGGCGAAUCAGUCGAGGCAGAGCCCGUCGGCGGGUUCAGGACCAUGGUUUUUCCUUCGCCCUAGCCCGCCCCGGACCCACACGCUCGAGUACCUACCCCACAUGGACUUUGUAAGCCGCCACGCCGCCACACCCGAUCACAACCACCACCACCAGCCGGAAUCCUCCACCUCAGCACCAUCCUCGUCCACCACUCCGAACCCUACUUCACUCGAAGAACAAGAGUACUUGGCCCGUUACUCCGUCGUAAAACACUCGUGGCGGGGCCGGUACAAGAGAAUCCUGUGCCUGUCCCAUGUUUCCAUCGUCACCUUGGACCCUUCCACGCUAUCCGUGACGAAUUCGUACGACGUGGGGAGUGACUUCGAGGCGGCGAGUCCUGUUUUAGGGAGGGAUGAGAAUUCGCAGGAGUUAAGUAUUAGUGUUAGGACAGAUGGUAAGGGGAAGUACAAGGGUAUGAAGUUUUCAUCAAAGUACAGGGCUAGUAUUUUGACUGAGCUGCAUAGGAUCAGGUGGAAUAGAAUUGGGCCUGUCGCGGAGUUUCCGGUACUUCAUCUCCGGAGAAGGACCAGGGAAUGGGUUCCUUUUAAAAUGAAAGUAACUUAUGUUGGGGUUGAACUUGUUGAAUUGAAAUCUGGAGAUCUUCGUUGGUGCUUGGAUUUUAGAGAUAUGGAUUCCCCUGCAAUUAUACUUCUCUCUCAACCUUAUGGGACAAAAAAUCAUGAGCAUGGAGGUUUUGUUCUUUGUCCUUUAUAUGGAAGAAAAUCUAAAGCGUUUCAAGCUGCUUCGGGGACUUCCAAUGCUGCUAUAAUAUCGAAUUUGACAAAAACUGCAAAGUCCAUGGUUGGGUUGUCACUUUCAGUGGACAGUUCUCAAUUACUCUCUGCUGCCGAGUAUAGAGAGAGGAGGGCCAAGGAGGCUGUUCGAGCAGAAGAAACUCCUUGUGGGGCUUGGUCUGUGACAAGGUUGCGUACUGCGGCUCAUGGAACUUUGAAUAUUUCGGGUUUGGGUUUAGGAGUUGGGCCAAAAGGAGGACUUGGGGAGCAAGGUGAUGCAGUAUCUCGUCAACUCAUUCUUACAAGGGCCUCACUUGUGGAAAGGCGACCAGCCAACUAUGAGGCUGUUAUUGUCCGUCCUUUAUCUGCAGUAAGCUCUCUUGUUCGAUUUGCUGAGGAGCCCCAAAUGUUUGCAAUUGAAUUUAAUGAUGGAUGCCCCGUACAUGUUUAUGCUAGCACGUCUCGCGAUAGCUUGCUUGCUGCAGUUCGGGAUGUGUUGCAAACAGAAGGUCAAUGUCCUGUACCAAUUCUACCAAGGUUAACAAUGCCUGGUCAUCGUAUUGAUCCACCAUGUGGGAGAGUUAAUUCGCUCCGCAAGCAACUUUCUGCUAGACAACGCCCUGCUGUUGACACAGAAAGUGCAACCACGUACUUAAAACAUUUAGCGGCUGCUGCCAAGGAUGCUGUGGCUGAAGGAGGUUCCAUUCCUGGAUCAAGAGCUAAGUUAUGGCGCAGAAUAAGAGAGUUUAAUGCAUGUAUACCCUACAGUGGUGUGCCUGCUAACAUUGAAGUACCUGAAGUGACUUUGAUGGCCUUGAUUACAAUGCUCCCUGCUGCGCCAAACCAACCCCCAGAGUUGCCUCCCUUACCUCCCCCUUCACCUAAAGCAGCUGCAACAGUGAUGGGCUUUAUUGCGUGUUUGCGCAGAUUACUGGCAUCAAGAAGUGCUGCCUCACAUGUGAUGUCUUUUCCUGCUGCUGUUGGAAGAAUAAUGGGUUUACUUAGAAAUGGUUCUGAGGGAGUUGCUGCCGAAGCUGCUGGACUUAUUGCAGUGCUGAUUGGUGGUGGUCCUGGGGAGAUGAAUAUACUAACAGAUACAAAAGGAGAGUGGCACGCUACAAUUAUGCACACAAAGUCGGUAUUGUUCGCCAGCAAUAGCAAUGUUGUUAUCCUUAUCAACAGGCUAAAACCCAUGUCUGUUUCACCGUUGUUAUCUAUGUCUGUUGUGGAAGUUCUCGAGGCAAUGAUCUGUGAACCGCAUGGUGAAACUACUCAGUAUGCUGUUUUUGUUGAAUUAUUACGCCAAGUAGCUGGCCUGCGGCGUCGGUUGUUUGCAUUGUUUGGACAUCCUGCUGAAAGUGUUAGAGAGACAGUUGCUGUGAUCAUGCGUACAAUUGCGGAAGAAGAUGCAAUUGCGGCAGAGUCCAUGCGUGACGCUGCUUUGCGUGAUGGUGCUUUGUUACGGCAUUUCUAUCAUGCUUUUUUUCUUCCUGCUGAUGAACGUCGUGAAGUUAGCCGACAGCUUGUUGCUCUUUGGGCGGAUUCUUAUCAACCUGCUCUUGAUUUGUUAUCUAGAGUGCUUCCUCCGGGGCUUGUUGCUUAUCUGCACACUAGGUCUGAUGGGGUUUCACCUGAUGACGCACAAAACAUAUCCAGUCAAGAUGGAUCAUCAUUGAGUAGGAGACAGAGACGAUUACUUCAGCAGAGGAGAGGUCGUGCAGGCAAAGGAAUAACAUCCCAGGAGACUCCCCUGCCCUCUGUUAAUAAUUACGAAGUUGAUCCAGGACGGCAGACGAGUCCUGGUGCUUUUAAAGGGUCAGAUAGUUACCAGAAAUAUGUAGUAGAUCCAACUUCUGUACAGGUUGUAGGCACAAACACUUAUGCAAUUCAUAAAGGUGAAAACUUGCGCAGAGAGUUGCCUUCUACUGGUGCUACACAAGCAGAUUAUUUAGAAUCAGUUAGUUCAGCAGAUGGUCAGCAGAUGAAUGCAACCGAUCUUGUCGAAUCAAAUGGUUCAACUUCAGUUGAUUCUGAUCCAAAUGUGGUUGCUCCAGCUCAGAUUGUUGUGGAAAACACACCUGUUGGAUCAGGUAGGCUACUUUGUAACUGGCCUGAAUUUUGGCGGGCUUUUAGCCUUGAUCACAACCGUGCAGACUUAAUCUGGAAUGAGCGGACCAGGCAGGAGUUGAAACAGGCAUUGGUGGCAGAGAUUCAUAAUCUAGAUGUUGAGAAGGAACGUACUGAGGAUAUUGUGCCUGGAGGGGCAACCGUGGAGAUUAUGAGUGGGAAAGAUAGUGUUCCUCAGAUAUCGUGGAAUUACUCCGAGUUUUUUGUUAGCUAUCGUAGCUUAUCCAAAGAAGUUUGUGUGGGCCAAUAUUAUCUGCGUUUGCUGCUUGAGAGUGGUAGUAGUGGUCGGGCACAAGAUUUUCCAUUGCGUGACCCAGUUGCUUUUUUUAGAGCACUGUAUCAUCGCUUCCUAUGUGAUGCGGACAUUGGACUUACUGUAGAUGGUGCUGUUCCUGAUGAAAUGGGUGCUUCUGAUGAUUGGUGUGAUAUGGGAAGAUUAGAUGGUUUUGGAGGAGGUGGCGGUUCAUCAGUCAGAGAACUUUGUGCGAGGGCAAUGGCAAUUGUAUACGAGCAGCAUUAUAGUGUAAUUGGCCCCUUCGAAGGCACUGCUCAUAUUACAGUUCUUUUGGAUAGGACUGAUGAUAGAGCAUUGAGGCACCGUCUUCUUGUUCUUAUGAAGGUUUUAAUGAAGGUUCUAUCGAAUGUAGUGUCAUGUGUCUUGGUUGGAGGAUGUGUUCUGGCUGUUGAUCUGCUGACAGCAGUUCAUGAAGCUUCAGAAAGAACUGCUAUUCCUCUACAAUCUAAUUUAAUAGCUGCUUCUGCUUUCAUGGAACCGCUAAAGGAAUGGAUGUUUAUUGACAAGGAAGGUACACAAGUUGGACCCGUAGAGAAGGAUGCUGUCAGAAGGUUCUGGUCAAAGAAAGCUAUUGAUUGGACAACACGGUGCUGGGCUUCUGGAAUGCCUGAUUGGAAGAGGUUAAGAGAUAUACGUGAACUUCGUUGGGCUCUGGCUAUUCGGGUUCCGGUUCUAACUUCAAUCCAGGUAGGGGAGGCUUCUCUGUCCAUAUUACACAGCAUGGUUUCUGCACAUUCAGAUUUAGAUGAUGCAGGAGAGCUCGUUACACCAACGCCUAGAGUAAAGCGAAUCUUGUCAAGUCCUCGUUGCCUUCCGCAUAUUGCACAGGCCAUGCUUACAGGGGAACCGAGUGUUGUAGAUGGUGCUGCUGCUUUACUGAAAGCUGUUGUCACCAGAAAUCCGAAGGCAAUGAUAAAGCUAUAUAGUACAGGUGUAUUUUAUUUUGCUCUGGCAUACCCUGGAUCAAAUCUCCUCUCAACUGGCCAAUUAUUCUCGCUGACACAUCUCCAUCAAGCAUUUCAUGGUGGUGAAGAGGCUUCAGUUUCCUCUUCAUUGCCAUUGGCAAAACGUAGCGUGCUGGGUGGGCUUCUCCCUGAGUCCUUGUUGUAUGUAUUGGAAAGAAGUGGUCCUUCUGCGUUUGCAGCGGCAAUGGUUUCUGAUUCUGACACUCCAGAGAUCAUAUGGACUCACAAGAUGAGAGCGGAAAAUCUGAUCCGCCAGGUCUUGCAGCAUCUGGGUGACUUUCCCCAGAAACUCUCACAGCAUUGCCAUUGCUUAUAUGAUUAUGCUCCUAUGCCACCAGUGACAUAUCCUGAACUACGGGAUGAAAUGUGGUGUCACCGUUAUUACCUCCGAAACUUGUGUGAUGAAAUUCGAUUUCCAAAUUGGCCAAUAGUUGAACAUGUGGAGUUCCUACAGUCAUUGCUGGUAAUGUGGCGUGAAGAGUUGACCCGGAGACCUAUGGAUCUUUCUGAAGAAGAAGCUUGCAAAAUUUUGGAGAUAUCUUUGGAUGAUGUGUCUAGAGAUGAUGCCAUUAAGAAAAGUUCUUUAGAGACGGCUGAGGAGAUACCUAACAUAUCAAAACAAAUUGAGAAUAUUGAUGAAGAAAAACUAAAACGACAAUACAGAAAACUUGCAAUGAAAUAUCAUCCAGACAAAAAUCCUGAAGGGAGGGAGAAGUUUCUUGCUGUGCAGAAAGCUUAUGAACGUCUGCAGGCUACCAUGCAAGGGUUGCAAGGACCCCAACCUUGGAGGUUGCUGCUUUUAUUGAAGGGGCAAUGCAUUCUGUACAGACGGUAUGGGGAGCUAUUGGAGCCAUUUAAAUAUGCUGGAUAUCCCAUGCUAUUGAAUGCAGUCACAGUGGACAAGGAUGACAACAAUUUUCUUUCUCCUGAUAGAGCACCUCUUCUUGUUGCAGCUUCGGAGCUCAUUUGGCUGACGUGUGCAUCUUCUUCAUUGAAUGGUGAAGAGCUUGUGAGAGACGGUGGAAUACACCUACUUGCAACUCUUCUCUCCCGUUGCAUGUGUGUUGUUCAGCCAACUACCUCUGCCAGUGAACCGUCUGCCAUUAUUGUUACUAAUGUGAUGCGGACAUUUUCUGUUUUAAGUCAGUUUGAAAGUGCCAGAGCUGAGAUUCUUGAAUUUUCUGGACUAGUCGAUGACAUUGUUCACUGCACUGAACUUGACCUCGUACCUGCUGCUGUUGAUGCUGCCCUUGAGGCUAUUGCACAUGUUUCUGUUUCUUCUGAAUUACAAGCAGCCUUUUUAAAGGCUGGUGUGUUGUGGUACCUUUUGCCGUUGUUGCUUCAAUUUGAUUCGACUGCUGAGGAAUCUGAUGUAACAGAGGCACAUGGUGUUGGUGCUAGUGUUCAAGUCGCCAAAAAUGUGCACGCUGUACGAGCUUUUCAGGCCCUGUCAAGGAUAAGUGGUUGGGGUAGAGAUGAGAGUUCAACACCUUAUAAUCAGGCUGCAGCUGAUGCCCUCAGAGCUCUGCUAACUCCUAAACUUGCCAGUAUGCUUAGAGAUUCAUUACCAAAAGAGUUAUUGUCAAAAUUGAACACCAAUUUGGAGUCACCAGAGAUCAUUUGGAACUCUUCAACUCGAGCAGAGUUGUUAAAGUUUGUAGACCAGCAGCGUGCAAGUCAAGGUCCAGAUGGUUCAUAUGACCUGAAAGAGACACAUGCCUUUGUGUACGACGCGCUAUCAAAAGAACUAUUUGUUGGCAAUGUGUAUUUGAGGGUCUAUAAUGAUCAGCCAGAUUUUGAGAUUAGCGAACCAGAAACCUUCUGCUUUGCUCUUGUUGAUUUUAUCUCAAGUCUAGUGCGUAGUACGAAAUCUACGGAUCCGGAUGUUGAGACGAUUGGUUCAGACACAGAGGCAACUGAAUUUCAUACCAAUGUUUCCAAUGGAUCCACAAAUGGACAACAUUUUGCUGAUGCUUCUAAUUCUACUGCAGUCUCUGAUGAAAAAGUUAAUGGGAAGGAGGAUUUUAAAGUUGUUAAGAAACUUCAAUAUGGAUUGUCUUCUCUUCAGAAUUUACUGACAAGCGACCCCAAAUUGGCAUCUGUAUUUUCUGCUAAAGAGAAGCUAUUACCUCUUUUCGAAUGCUUUUCUGUCCCUGUUGCUUCAGAAAGCAACAUUCCUCAACUUACUUUGACUGUAUUGUCGCUCUUGACCGCACAUGCUCCUUGUUUGGAGGCCAUGGUUGCAGAUGGAUCUAGUCUUCUGCUUUUACUUCAAAUGCUUCACUCUUCCUCAGAUUGUCGUGAAGGGGUGCUGCAUGUUCUUUAUGCCUUGGCAAGCACACCAGAACUUGCAUGGGCAGCUGCCAAGCAUGGUGGGGUGGUGUACAUUCUUGAACUUCUUCUGCCUUUGCAAGAAGAAAUUCCCCUACAGCAAAGAGCAGCAGCUGCCUCUUUAUUGGGCAAGCUUGUUGGGCAGCCAAUGCAUGGGCCCAGAGUGGCUAUAACACUGACAAGGUUUCUUCCCGACGGGCUAGUAUCCAUUAUUAGGGAUGGACCUGGUGAAGCUGUCGUGUGUGCACUUGAACAAACAACAGAGACUCCUGAGCUUGUUUGGACACCAGCAAUGGCUGCUUCUUUGUCUGCACAAAUUGCAACUAUGGCAUCAGAUUUAUAUCGGGAACAAAUGAAAGGACGUGUUGUAGAUUGGGACGUACCUGAGCAGGCAUCUGGCCAACAAGAGAUGAGAGAUGAGCCACAGGUUGGUGGAAUCUAUGUCAGGCUAUUUUUGAAAGAUCCCAAAUUCCCUCUUAGGAAUCCAAAGAGAUUCUUGGAAGGACUAUUAGAUCAGUAUCUUUCGUCCAUUGCCGCCACACAUUAUGACCAGGCUGUUGAUCCUGAGCUUCCUCUGCUUCUGUCGGCUGCAUUGGUGUCAUUAUUGCGUGUACACCCUGCCCUCGCGGAUCAUGUUGGAUAUCUGGGAUAUGUGCCAAAGCUUGUGUCCGCAGUGGCCUAUGAAGGAAGAAGAGAAACAAUGGCCUCAGGGGAGAUGAAAAAUGGAAGCUAUACUGAUGGAAGAUUUGAAACUGAGGACUACAGUUCGAUGCAGCCAAGUCCACCAACUCCACAAGAACUUGUACGCCUGAGUUGUUUACGAGUUCUGCAUCAACUUGCAGCCAGUACAACUUGUGCUGAAGCUAUGGCAGCAACUAGUGUAGGAACACCUCAGGUUGUUCCACUUCUAAUGAAAGCUAUCGGAUGGCAAGGUGGAAGCAUACUAGCUCUGGAGACUCUAAAACGUGUUGUGGUUGCUGGAAAUCGAGCUAGGGAUGCACUUGUUGCCCAAGGACUUAAGGUUGGUCUUGUUGAGGUGCUUCUCGGCCUUCUUGAUUGGAGGGCUGGUGGAAGGAAUGCAUUUUGCUCUCAGAUGAAGUGGAAUGAGUCUGAAGCAUCAAUUGGACGAGUGCUUGCUAUUGAGGUUUUGCAUGCGUUUGCAACAGAGGGGGCCCAUUGUACUAAAGUGCGGGAGAUUUUAAAUGCCUCUAAUAUUUGGAGUGCCUAUAAAGACCAAAAGCAUGAUCUAUUCCUCCCUUCAAAUGCUCAGUCAUCAGCGGCUGGAGUAGCUGGUCUAAUCGAAAGUUCCUCAUCUAGGCUUACUUAUGCCCUUACAGCUCCCCCACCGCAACCAAAUAUGGUGAAACCUCCGGCCUCAGUCCCAUCUGAAAUUAAUGGAAGGCCGGAUCAGCUUUCAUAACUAAAAACAAGGGAAGCGAAAAAGAGAACUACACUGUGAUCGUCCGGUAUUACACAUUUACUGAUCCAGUGCUUCGGCAUGGCAUGACAAAAAGCUGGAUGUGCUUUCAUUGAAGAAGGAAUGCAGAAGUUAUAAAUGUGAUAAUAGUAGAUGUUCAGUCAUUUUACAAAUUUGUACAGCACACUGUACAGCUCUCUCUCUCUCUCUCUCCAGUUGGGGAGACUUUCUUAAGAAGAAACCCCAACUGAAAAUAUGCUGUGUUUUUUGAUGUAAAGUGGACGCAACAUUUUGUAAAUCUGCGUGUUGCCCGGUUUUCAUAUAUAAAGUUGAGUUGAUUUUGGUGGAUUCAA